AUGUUUCGCUUCUACAAGUUGUACUCGCUGUACAUGAACAACAUGGCCAGCGGGCAUUCGAUGCAGAGGGAGUGGUGUCUGUGCGAGAAGCUUCCCCGGGCGGUGCUCCACAUCCCUGUGAACCGUCAUCUGUUGUGCGAGGUGUGCGGUUUGGCCAGACGCCCCAUGGCCGAAGUCAGAUCCUCCAGCGACGAGCUGUCCGCCGAACGCCAGAGGAUUCUCCUGAAGCAACCUUGUGGUGAAGCCCAAAAAAGCCAAGUGACUGGGAUGAAGGUGGGCAUCAAGGGCAGGAAACCCGCGAAAGCCAAGGCCACUUGUCAGACAAACUGCAUCAAGUGUGGAGGUGUGGAGAGGGCAACUGCCGGGCAGGAAGAUAUUGGUGAUACUGGUGGACCCCAAGUGGUUAAAAGCAAGUUAUACCCGGGUAGAUGUGGACUGUAUGCAAAGCCAAAGAAGAUGCCACCUCGCCAACAGGAAGCCACUGUGCCGAAAACUAAAUUGGAGUCAACACAUUUACAGUCACGAUCACCACCACUACAAACAGGGUCACCACCACUGCAAACGAGGUCACCACCACAACAAACGGGGUCACCACCACCACCACCACCACCACAAAGAUCGGAUUCACCACUUAACCUGAUGAACAUGACCGAAAACGUUUUCAACCAAAGCAACUACCAAAGUUAUAGUAAUAUGUUUGAAAGCAACUUUAUUCCGCUGACGAAUUCCAUUAUGAAUGCCCUUGGAGGAGCUAUUUCCAAGAGGAGCAGCUACUGUUCUCAUCCCCUUCGGUGCCACAGGAGUGGUCCUUUGCCCCCACUCGCCAAAGUGGUUAGUAAUAUUUUGGGCAGUCAAAAUUCACCAGACGAACGGGAGAAGGGCGGUGGAUUGACUGCAACAAAGUCAAAGGAUUCACUGGAUAUCGAAAGCGAGCUGGCCAGCCAAUUCUGUCCCUUUGAUCACUACGAAGGUCCUUCCGAAGAUGCUCUCGUCGCGAACAAUGCUCGCUAUCUUCUCCAUCGACCGAAAUCACUUUACAUUGAUCCACGACGGGAUUUGCCCAAUAAUCGUAUUGAAAACUUAAAAUUUGAGCUCAACAGUGGCCUGGAGCCCUUGAUGGUUUCAACAUCCGAAAGCGCAUCUGGCAUUCAGCAACCUUACUUUUUCAUGUCGAAAUCAGUACGCAAAAAUCUGGUAAGGACCAUCAACCAAAUUGGGAUCGACUCUAACAGCUUAAGCAACAGCUCCCCGAGCAGAGAUACCUCCAAUCCUUCAAACCAACAAGAAAGUCCUGUAGAAAACAAUGAAAAUGAUAAGGAUAAAGUAACUGCGACAUCAUCCUCCAUUUUUGCCUCUCUUAUAGGUCAAAUAAUGAGUCCACGUUCUUCAAAGAACUCCCCAAUUACUUUAGAAGAUUUUCAAAUUGUCAAGGACUCCAAAAUGGAGCAGGUGGAUAAUACUAAGGAGGCAAAGAAUCCGUCCAGCGAUUGUGAAUCCAGUUCUUUGUUAAGUGAUGUAUUAACUGAACAGCCUGUACUUACCUCUAAUAAAACAGCGAAUGAUCAAGAUUAUUUCAAUCUCUUCUCAGCAGCACUUACCAAUAUUUGGGAACGGGAGUUUGAUAAAAUAGAGGAUUCUUCAUCAAAAACAAAUAGUAAAACGGAUGUUAAACUUAUAUCUUCAAAGUGCAGCCGUUGCGGACAACAUAAGGAAAAUAAUCCCAAAAUAAACACUGGUAAAAAAGGAAUUCCUGAAAAAAUUGAUAAGUUGGAAAAAUUAGAUAAGCAAGUAACCUUUAACCCGACAAUUGGAAGUGCAAUAAUUCAGAGACUUAAUAGCUUUAGAGCUUUUCCUAGUAAAAGAGAACUGCCAAAACAGUAUAAUGAGAAUGGGAAGUUACUAGAUCAAAAGACUGAGAAGGAUAAGGACAUAAAUGGCUUUUUAAUAUCUAAAUCAGAUAACAUAUUCGCGAAGAGUAAUUAUAUAAAAAAGCAACCCAUUAACAUAAAAAUUCAAAGACGCGAACAUGGAGUUUGUCAUGUGCAUUCUGUUUCAACACAUUCUUCCUGUAAAAUCCAUUAUGGUAAAGAAAAUGUAACAAAUAAUUUACAUACGAAGAGAAUGGAAAUUAAUAGUAAGUUAAAACCCAACGAAAGACAAGUUAUUAAAAAGGAAGCAAAAAUUGCACCAAGAUCUACGAAUUUGGUGAAAACGCAAAUACCGGUGAAUAACUUUGGAUUAUGUAGAAAUAAUGAACAUUCGGUCACUCGGAGUUUUGUGAAAUCCUUUGAGAUAGUUUCUCAUAUUUGCGGGGAAAUGCCCAAGCCCCAAACCGCCACCUUUGUAAGAAAUUUAAAGGAUAUAGGGUAUAUCAAGACAAGUUAUAUUCCAUAUAUCCCACAUAUUCCAGAUAUUCCCAUUUCUCUUUUUGAAUUUCGAAUCGUUGAUCCGAUUCUUCCCGUCGAACGGAAAACGACUGAUUUACGAACAAAUACGGAUGAUAACGAAAGCAAACCUGAAACUCCAAUUGCACAUUUAGCAACUCCUAAUGAAUUAAGCCGGAAAAAACAUAAAAAACCUUGUUUACCCGUCUGGCCAGCCCAUCCACUAAAAUACCGAAGUCGUAAGAUCAAGUACGAAGAACUUGAAUUAUCAUUUAACAUGCAACAAAAUGAAAGCACAAUAGAACCCUAUGGAACCUUGAUGCAUCAGAAAAAGGGAAUGAUUCAAAAGGACGAAAUAUUCACCAGUUAUUACGAUAUCCAGCAGCCUUCAAGUUCAGAAAAGUUUAGUGAUGCGAAUGCAGAAAAUUCGGUUUUAAAUGAGUACAACAGCUUUCCAGAGAUUGGUGAAAGUUCAACUGAACACUUGAAUUGGGAUACUUCAUAUUCAGAUUUUAAAAGUUUCAACCAAGAACGAAAUCUAGAACUUAAGACCAAAAAUUCAGCAGUUAACAAAUCGGAUCACAUUUCUUCAGAUACAAAAUACAAAACAAGGGAGCUGAACAAAAGUAAACAAGGUGUUGAAAGUCAUAAAAAACCAAGAAUGGGAGCUUCUUGCAGCUCUUUUAAAGUGAGCGAAAAAACAAGGAAGCAAAUAGACAACUCACUGAAAACCAAUCUUAAAAAUAUGAUGACCAAACCUAUAAAGCUACUAACAACAACUCAAGCCAUGUCAGUUUCAGAAUUUUUGGAACCACUACAAAACAAAUUAGCUACUGAAGAAGAAUCCUUGUCGAGUGCAACAACGAGUAUUUCGGGAUUAGGAUCUGGGACUUCUCAAGAUUAUGAAACGGCAGAGGUUAAUAGCGCUGCGGAAUUAGCAUGGACAUCUGGAUGCAAAACGGAGGAAAGUAGUUCGUUAGAUUCAUAUACCAAAAAAUUAGAUACAUCGCAAAAGCCUCUGCGACUUAUAACUAACAUAGAUUACAAAACCUCGAAACAACUCUUUUAAGCAAUUUUAACCUUGUUAUUUAUACCUAUAAGCAAUAUUUGUACCAAAAAGACAAUGUAAACACCAUUGUUCAUUUAAGUUGUAUAUUUUUUAAUAAAACGUUCGAGCAAGAACUAAAAAACGCUCAAAUAUCUCUCACAUCA